CGUAUUUCCGGACAGAUUGAAUAGUAAAAUUAUACUCUUUUGCGCGACAUUACGCCACAAAAUAAGAUGAAUGUACAGACUGAGUAUUUCAUACGACUGUUGUUGCUCCUCGUUCAAGCUGGCAUGCUGGUCUGUAGAGGCAUAACUCACAGGGAACUUGCAGGAACGCAACUCAACAUUGUACUCAAACCCCAUGAGAAAGCGUUGAAAAAGAAGCUUCUGAAAUCACAGUGUAUAGUACUUUUCCAAACCAGUGGCAUAUUACAUGUAGAAGACCUUGACCUUUCCUUGUUGACAGUUGUUUCUACUUGACGUGCUGAUUCUAUCAACCACAGACAAACAGUACAUUAAAGUAAUAAAGGAAACAAGAAACACGUUGGCACAUAAUUCCACGGCUUCGGUUGAACUCGCUGAUUACAACAACUUAAAAACAGAUCUGGAAGACGCAUUAACGAAAUUGUGCGUAGGCCUUGACGUGACUCUACAGACUGAAUGCUCACAAUUAAUAAAGAAGUUCACGGGCGAUCCUCUUGAUGAGGCAACUGCUUUAAAGUAUGUUAUGGGGCUGAGGAAUGAAGAUGAGCUAUUACAAGAUUUUGAAGGAAUGUUGGAAAAACAGUCUGAAGAUAUUGUGCAAGAAGUCAAAGCAUCAGAGAACCGAUUACAAGAAUCGCUCUCAGAUUUUAAGCAGGAAGUAAUAGAAGAGUUUCAGAAACUGCAUUUUGGAUGCACAGACGAUUUCACUAAAUCAAAUUUUCCCGAUACACUGCCCAGCUGUGAGGUUUGUUUCAAUGUAGGCAACACUGCAACAUUCUAUUGUGAAACCUGCUGUCAGUUUAUGUGCACUGAAUGCAACCAACGUAUCCAUACUGUUGAGAAGACGCACAGCCGGCAAAGAUUAGUCAAAGGUAAACCAAUAAAGAUAGAUAUGAAGGGUUAUGACUUGUGUGAUAUACAUAAAAAGAGCCUCUCAUAUAUCUGCGAAUCUGACAGUAAAAUUUGCUGUGAGGUGUGUUUAAAGGAAAAACAUGAAAACUGUGAUACAAUUGCUUCCAUUUCUGAUCAAACAUGCGAGUCUAAACACAAUCCAACAAUGGAAAUACCUCGACUACAAAAUGAAGCACGCCUGCUUAUUACAUGGUUGUCUUCCAUUGAAAGAGAUGUAAACAAGAGUGUAGGAAGUAUUACUGCAAAGUUAGAUGAAUACAGAAAUGCGUUAUUAAAACUAUUUGAUUCUGAAUCACAAAAAAUAAAAGAAAAAGCUAAUGAAAUGAGAAAUAGUACAUUGAAAGAAAUAAAGAAAAAUCGCAAAUACUGUGAGCAUGUCAUUGAGAAAUCUGAACAAGCCAAACUUUCAAUGAUAAAUAUGACUAAAUGUGGCACACCCUCACAAAAACUUAUUUCUCAAUAUCGGAUAGAGGAACUUAGAAACGAAGUGCAGUCCCUAACAGAUGUGGAUAUUGUAUCUUUACACAUGGAGUUAAAAUUACCAGAGCAAAUUGCACUUCAUUCUGAACUAGUACCAGUACGAGUGGAGGCACCGGAAACCAGGCCGGUACAGUUGUUUCAGAUUGGUGUUCUCGAACUGAAGCAGAAUGAAAACGAAAAGAAAGUACCAUUUUACACAGGACUGGAUUUCUUGCCUAAUGGCAGGCUUGUAACCGUAGAUAAUUACAACAUGAAAUGUUUGAUUUACAAUGAGAAGCUUGAGAAAGUAGGAUCAUAUCAGUUAUCGUAUCCACCACAGAGUGUUGUUGCUGUAUCUGAGGAGGAAGUGGCGAUAACAUGUGCUAAUGGAUACAAGAUAGACUUUCUACGUGUCAGUAAAUCUAAUGAUAUAUCAUUGAUCAGGACAUGUAAAGUAACGACUCAAUAUUUGUCAGUAUGUCUGAUGGAUGAUAAGAAUUUUGUUGUUGGAACAAUUGAUGAUACAAGACCUUUUCGUAUUGUAUCUCUAUCAGGAGAAGAGAAAGAUUUCAGUAUCGACUUUCAGAACAAAAAGACUGCGAUUGACACCAGUGCCUGUACAUACAUAAGAGAUAGAGACAAAGUUGCUCUCACCGAUAGAAAUGCUCACACUGUCUUUAUAUAUGAAAACAUGACCAACAGCAGAGUUGAUGUUGUGGACGAAGAAAUCAGAGAACCAAGAGAUGCCGCAAUAGGACCGUUUGACUGUAUCUUUGUUUGUAGUAAAGGAACAAACAGCAUUGUACAGAUUUCUCCAUCAGGAAAAAUUGUAGCAUCUCAUAAGAUAGAUAUGAAGUAUCCUUACAGUAUUUGUUUCUCAAAGGACAAAACAAGACUUGCCAUUUCUAACAGUGCUACGGGAAAGAUAAAAUUACAACUAUUCAAAGUAGUGAUAUGAUAUAAUGUAAAUACACAAGAAUCUACAACAGAAAAAAGUAAAUGUUAGAAGAGUCUUAAAAAACAGCAAUAUCAGAACACAGAUUGUAUACAUUAUUAACGAUUGUUAAAGGUUAAAAGAAUAAAUUUAUUAUUUUCUCUCUGUCUAUCUAUGUCUAAUUGAUAGAAUGUGAUAAAAUAUACUAAAAGUACCAUUGGAAGCAUAGAACGUAACUAAGUAAAAAGAGUCUGAUCGUGAAGGGUAGCAAAAUGUACAGCACCACACACUAGCUGUAACAACUGCCUUAGUGGACCUCUUAUUAAAGAGAUACAUUAAAUGAAUACCAAUUCAAUGAUCCAAAUGUGAUAUCUUUAGAGGAUAUUUGAUGCUAUUCUAGCAUAAAACUGCUGUACUUACCACUGUUCUCUUAUAGGAGAGUAAGUUGACAAGUAUUAACAGAGAGUUUCUAGCACUCACAUACUAUUAAACCCUUUUUACAAGCCAAUCUCUGAAAGAGCGUGGCAUAUUAUGUGAACACCCGUGGUGGGCGGGCGGUCGGCGUCCAAAAGCAUGUCCACUUUCUAAGUCGAACAAUUUUCAUAUGAUCUGCACCAAACUUGGUGACAGUGUUUGUGGGCAUAAUAUCUCGGCUAAGUUUGAUCACCAGCAAAAUCGCCUUAGACACUCUUGGAGUAUGACCCUUGAAUUACUCGAAAAACUGCGAAUUUAGCCUUGUCCGCACUGUAAGUUGGACAUUUUUCAUUCGAUCUUCACCAAACUAUGUGACAAUGUUUGUGGGCAUAAUAUCUCGGUCAUUUGAUAACCAACCAAAUAGCCUCAGGCACUUUUUGAUUAUGGCCCUUGAAUUACUCGAAAAACUGGGAAUUAAGCCUUGUCCACUCUAAUUCGAAUAGUUUUCAUCUGAUCUUCAACAAGCUUGCAGAUAAUGUUUGUUGGCAUAAUGUCUCAGCCAAGUUCUAUAACCAGCCAAACCGCCCCCGGCACUCUUGGAUUAUGGCCCUUGACUUAGAUAAAAAUGUAUUUGAAAUCUCCGCUCUGUAAGUCGAACAGUUUUCAUCCGAUCUUCACCAAACUUGCUGACAAUGUUUGUGGGCAUAAUAACUCGGCCAAGUUCGAUAACCAGCCAAGUCGCCCCAGGCACUCUAGGAUUAUGGCCCUUGAGUUAGGCCAAGUUCGAUGACGGGCAUAUUUUGUUACAGUCUGCCACUCGUGUUAUAUUAUGCACGUUCAAUGGAAAAGCGCAAACAGAUGUCAAAAGAAAAUGUGGUCAGUAUGAUAAAACAGCAAAGAUAUCCGAGCGCGUUUCUUGGACAUUUAAUGACAUUCAGGAACAAUAUGUUCAUUUAUUAGUUAUUUACAUAUUUUAUGCUAGAAUAGCGCUAGUGCUUGUUCAUUUUGCGAACAUCCUCAAAGUCCUUCGGGGUACGUUGGUCAUUUCGCUUCACUUACCAAUCUGUCAGAGAUUCUGCAGAUGGUAUAACAUGAAAAAACAUGCAUUAUGGUACCAGUAUUAUAUGCACCAGUGAAGGUCAAUGCAUUGCUUAAAACUUUUAUUUCCGUAACAAAAAAAAUGGAACUCUUCACAUGGACAACAAACUCGCACAAUAAUAAAUUUGAAAUUCUAAAAUACGUACUGGUCAUCUAUAAUUGUAAUAAUAACAAAUGUAACUUUCAAGCGCAUCCUUACAAUUGAUAAUGGUGAGAUGCUGGAGUUUGAUAGUUUUGUUGAUUCAAAAAACAUGAAAUAUCAUGUUUUAUUCAAUAGAAACAGUAACGAACCUUUCUCUCAGUUUUGUUGAGAACAUACUGGCUUUAGUAGAUACAACAGCUGUAAACGUCUUUUUCACACAUUAUUCAAAUUUCUAAUCCAAAUGUUGUCUUGCCAGUUUAUGCCACGUUGUAUCAUACGUGGGCUGUUCAAAAAUAACGUAGACCUUUGCUGUCAAAUGUUGAAUAUUAUAUUAAUAAUAAUGUGAAAUAUAUCGUUGUAAUUCGGAAUCUUUCUGUAAUUUGGUCAUACAUGUUUUGUAACAUUUUUGCAGAAAGGUGAAGCGCGUCGAACUUCUUUAUUACCAUAGCUACGCAUAACUGGUGCAGUUGCUUUUUGAUCUGUCGUGAUUUGAAUUCGAUUGUUAACGUUCGCACUAAUAGUAUACUUGUUUGCCCCAAAAUAUGCAGAAGAGUUAAAACUCGUCAGGGCGACAUGUACCUAGAGUAUGGCGCCAUUCCGACAUGGGAAAUGGAAGAAAACAACGUUUAAACUAAGUGAGUAUUACUGUUUAAAAUGCAUGUAAUGUCAUCAUCGACUCGCAUACAUAUUAAGACAGUUGCUUAGUUAUGGCGAACAGCAACUAAAAAUCAUAAUUUAAUGAAGCAGACGCCACAACAAUAUUCAGUCAUCUGUGCCAUUAUCUUCAAGUGGUACAACGAUGCUCAAAUUGUACAGAAUUGCUUAAAAACAGCGGAGACGGAGGGAGAAAGCGGACAAACUACGAAUGGACGUUAACGCCGGUGAAUGUCGCCGUAGAUAAAGACCAAAUACGUUGAGUACCCUGUCCGAGAUGAAUGCCAUAAGUUUUCAUACAUUUUAGUAUUAUAACAAAACAACUUGUUAUGACUGAAGUGUUGCUCAUGAGAAUUUAUAAAAUAAAUUUACAUAUAUAAAUUAAUGCAAUCUUAAUGAAAGCAUCACAACGAAGGCACGACGUCGUAAACGUUGUUGAAAUAUGAUUGCCGUGCGCCGGGUUCGUGUAAGUGACUGUUUUCGAGGAGGCGUAACUCCCGACUGCGUAGUCGUAAUUAAGUCAAAUGUGCAGUGCAGUUAGUAAAAAGAUGACAAAUCAUAAUGAUAUAUUACUUGUUUUGUUUCAUUUAAGUAUAUAAGAGCUAGAGAAAAAAUCUACGUUAUUUUUGAAGAGCCCUCGUAUAAUGAUUAUUUGUCUAGUAUUCUUGUAUACAUUUGUUUUUAUGCAAUACCCAAUGCUAUUGCAUACUAAGUUGUUUGAAUUCCAUCGAAGAAAACGUGACUUAACUGUUUUGUAUAUAUUGUCUUCCGUCAAUGUAAGCGUGUGGACUUUUCCAAGUAGGCUCCUUUAUAUUUGAAUAUCCUAAGUAAUCUAUCCAGUCAUGAAAAUAUUUUUAAAUUGUGUUUGGACUCAGCAUCUGCUUAGCAAAAAUGCUUUAUGCAUGAAUGAAGAGACCUACAUGACCGAGUGGUAAUGGUCGCUGGCUUCAAAUCACUUGCCCCUCAUCGAUGUAGAUUUGAGCCAAACAAACUCGGGGCGUUGAAUUUAUGUGAGGAAGCCAUCCAGCUAGUUACGGAAGGUCCGUGGUUCUACCAAGGUGCCUGCCCGUGAUGAAAUAAUGCAAGGAGGAGCAGCUGGGUUCUUCCUUCACCAUCAAAGCUGGAAAGUCGACAUAUGCCCUACAAUGCGUCGAUGAGACAAAGUAAACAAAAGAAAUAAAUAAAUCAAAUCAAAUGCUAUUGGAAAAUUUAAUUGUUGCGCCAUGGGUUGCAAAUGCAAAAGAAUAUCGAAUACGUCCAACACAUUUGUAUCAUACACGAGAAAUUGUCAGCUAGAAGAAAAACAUGUAAAAUUUGAAAUACGGCUAUGCUGCUUCGAAAACAAGUGUUUAAAGUUCGGAUGACCCAUUAGUCAUACGAAAGGGAUAAUUAUUUAAAUUGUCAUUAUAAUUUGUUUGAAAUUAUCAAGAGUUUACAUGAUAAAGAAAUAUUUGAUUUUAGUUAGUUCAUUCUCCUGAGAAAAGUACUGAAUAUACAUUCUAGCAUAAAAACCGCUGUUAUUGUCCCUUUCAGGGGUGUUUUAUCAGGAGAGAAAACUUAAGUUAACAGAAAGAUUCUCGCGCUCACAUGCUGUUAUAACACCUGUUUUAUAUAUGCGCGUUCCGUGGCAAAGCAUUAACGUAUUACGGGGCCCAGAACGGAUAAUUCAAAAGGAAACAACAUGAAAAAACACUGUACACUUUACUGCGCAUAUCAUGAAAAUUUAAUGACGUUGAGGGACAAUAUAUUCUUUUAUUUGGUUUUUACGCGUUUUAUGCUAGAAUAGCGUUAGCGCCUGUUCUUUUCGUGUUAUAACAUCUUCAGAAUCCCUCGGAAAUCAUUGGUACCCUCGCCCUAACGGACUCUGGUACCAACCGAUCCCUCUGGAUUCUGCAGAAGUUAUAACACGGAAAAACAUGCGUUAUCUUGUUUACGUGGAUUUAUGCCAUCACAUCAACAUCAAUUUAUUUUAAUAUAUUUAGACCUUGCCCUUAGAUAUAACCAACAAAAUGACAAGAUAUCAGAAAUUUAUCCAUUGUUACUGGACAAAGAUUGUUUCCUGUUAUUGUAUGUAACUGUAACAAGUAGGAGUCAAAAAGUAAACUGUUUUCAAAUAAUUUGUCAGAAGUCUGUAUCUCAUGUAAUUGUUAGAUUUGUAAAGCGUUAGGGGUCUUGUUGGAAAAGUCCACAUUCAAGUGUAUUUUUCUUUAUUUUGUAUAAAUUGUAGUGUUUGCUUGAUAAAAAAGUAAUAAAACUUGGUGUUUUAAUUUUGAUUUCAAACAGCAAGACUAGAGUGAUGGCCUUUGUAUAAAUUGUAUAGCGUUUACUUUAAUAAAAAAAAAGGAAUAAAAUUAUCU